CUCUUUUUCUCUGGAAACAAGUUCCUCUCAAAGUACUUGUCCAUAUGCAGCUUUGCUUUAGCCUUUUUCUAGACUUUAUUUUUCUCCUUAUUUUGUACAAAUCAAAUGCCUUUAUUACCUCAAGAUUUCUAAUAAAAGCAAUUAUCACCAACAAUAGCACCCCAUCAACCUCCCACCGUUCCCCCCAUUUGCAAGGGGCCCCUUUGGCCACUUCUAAAACAAAAUCAUUCUCUUGUAAAAUGGAGAUGAAUCCAAACAAUUAUUAUUCAUUUCUUUUGUGAUAUUUGUUCUGUUGCAUAUUGGGAUUUGAAUAUUCACAAGAAGCAGAACACCUCUUUUUCCAUUUUCUUGAGUUUCAUGUUUGAGGUUUUAUGGAAAUUCUUGGGUUUUAUGACAAAGACAGAAAAGGAAUGAGACCAUUUGGGAUCUAAUCGGUUAUCCUUGAUCGCGCCAUAGGUGUUUGUUGUUUGUCCUAUAAGAGAAAAUUAAGGUUGUGUGAAUGUUUCGAUGAACCUGAAGCAAAAAUAUGAGUUGCUUCCCAUGUUUUUCAAGAAAGAAAGCGAGCCCCAACAAAGACAAUGUUCCAGUGGCUCAAGCCAGAGACAUCAAUCCAUCAUUUGCUCCUGUACAUAAUAAUGGGAUUACUCGAGAAGUGGCCGAUUACACUAACAAUAAAACCAAACCAUGCCCAGUAGAAGAAGGAAGCAAUACGGCAAAGUCAUUCACUUUUCGUGAACUUGCCACAGCUACUAAGAAUUUUCGUCAAGAAUGUUUAUUGGGUGAAGGCGGGAUAGGACGAGUAUUUAAAGCAACACUUCCAGCAUAUGGCCAGGUUGUGGCUGUUAGGCAACUUGACAGAAGCAAAACACUAGGCAGCAGGGAGUUUCAGGUUGAAGUCCUAAUGCUGAGCCUUCUUCGCCAUCCGAAUCUGGUGAAUUUAAUCGGAUAUUGUGCCGAUGGUGAUCAAAGGCUUCUUGUGUAUGAGUACUUGCCCUUGGGGUCUUUGGAAAACCAUCUCUUUGACAUUUCAGGAGAUAAACGAGCGCUAGAUUGGUCAACAAGAAUGGCCAUAGCUUGUGGGGUGGCUCGAGGCCUUGAGUACCUUCACGAGAAGGCCAAUCCUCCCAUCAUCUACCGAGACCUAAAAUCAUCAAACGUUUUAUUGGACGAGAAUAAAAACCCAAAACUCUCGGAAUAUGGGCUAGCAAAGCUUCUGCAGAGUGGGAACAAGAUGAAUGUGACACCGAGGGUGAUGUCAGCUUAUGGCUAUUGUGCACCGGAGUACGAGAGGCAUGGAGAGCUCACCUCCAAAUCGGACGUGUACAGCUUCGGCAUGGUUCUGUUGGAGCUCAUCACGGGCCGCCGAGCCUACGACCCUGCCCGGCCCACAGACGAGCAAAGUUUGGUUAACUGGGCGCAACCGAUUUUCAGAGACCCGAAGAGGUUCCCUGACAUGGCUGACCCACUUUUGAAGAAAGAAUUCUCGAUAAAUACCUUGAACCAAGCUGUUGGGAUAGCCUCAAUGUGCUUGCAAGAAGAACCUUCCGUGCGCCCAUUGAUCACCGACGUUGUGGCCACUCUCACUUUCCUCUCAACGGCCCAACCCGACGAGCCCAUUCCCCCGGCCCUUGUUUCCAUGCUAUCAUCAAAGCCCAACUACACAACCAACAAUGAUAAACUCCAAAGUUUUACCUACGAUGAUAGUUCGGAUGGUGAGGAGUUUGAAAAUGCUAAUGCACGAGCGUGAUAUUCAAGAAAGAGGAAUAAGAAGAAUUUCCUAUAUAUUCUAUUCUCUUUUCCAUGGAAACUUGAAAAGAAGAAAAUGAAAGAUUGUUGAUUUGAUAGUCGUGUUAGCUCUAGUUAACGAGAAACAAGAAUUCUAUAUGUACGAGCAAUGGGAGGAUGUGAAAUGGAAACCUAUGGAAUCGGACGAUGAGGUCCAAGAAUGAUUAGAGGAAUUCGAUGGAGAUAAUUUUGUACAUCCAAGAGAAAAGAAAAAAAAACAUGUGGGUAGCAGCAUCAAACCUUCUUAUGAUCUGUAUAUUAAAGAUAUUAGAAGCAUUUAUGUAUUUAGAAUAUGAACACAAUCAUGUUUGUCUCACCAAGAGAAAUGUAUGUAAACGGGGAUUGAUUGCGUUCUUGAAUUGGCAGCUUAUCUCCUUGUUGCUAAAUUUUUCAUUAUGAAGAUCUUCUCUUGACUGUUUUUCCCUCUUACAUA